GCCUUAUCAACCACUGCCUCCAUUCUCCCAACCCCAACCACCGUACUUCCCCACCUACACACCGCCCCACCACAUCCCCCAAACCUGCUGCAGCCGUAAAGAAAAUAAUACAUAAUGUCCCUUUACGGUGCCCCUGGGUCCCAAUCAAAACAGAGCCCAAUUCCCCUCUCCCAAUCUUCCAUUCAUGCGUUAGCAACUGAACUCGCUUUGGCACGCACCCGCCCACGCCAGUUUCGCACGAGGCCAUCGCAAAAGCCACUUUCGAACCGUGGCGUUGCGGCGCGCGCAGCGAGGGACGAAGCUAGUAGGCCGACGAGCCGGGAUCUGGGCGGCGAUCCGGAUGAGCAGGAAUGGGUCCGAAGUCGGAAGAAGUUGAUUGUUAAAGCAGGGGUUUACGAGCGCUUGCGGAAGGGUGGUGGUGGAGAUGGAGUGGAGGAGGAUGGGCUGGUAGAUUUUAACAGAAAGUGGGUCGAAGAGGGUGAGCCCGAGUUUUGUACUUCCUCAUCCUCCUCUGAUGAGGAGGAGGGAGGUGAAAUGGUAGAACACACAGACGACCUGGGCCGCACCCGAAGGAUCUCUUCAAAGGCCCUCGCCCGCAUGCUCCGUCGCGAAGCCCGCGCCGGACAGGGAGCGCAAGAUCAACAAAUCCCCCCCUCCCAAGCCCACCACCACCUCGCCGCACAACCGGCCCCGGAGUCAAUCUCCUAUGGACCAAGAAUACAAACAGGGGCUUUCCAGACGGCGAAUUUCUCCUCAGUUCCAACUUCGGAUAUGCUCGCUACGGCAAUGUCCAUUGAGAAGGAGGGGGUUGAUGAAGUACACUAUGAUGCCGGCAGCGAGGUGCGCACAAAGGGAGUGGGGUUUUACCGGUUUAGCAAGGAUGAAGAUGAUAGGAAAAGGGAGUUUCAGGAGUUAGAGGAGGAGAGGAGGCGGACAGAGAGGGAGAGGGGGGAAAUGGCUAAAAAGAAGAGGAAGAGGAAGCUGGAUCUGGAAAGGCGGAAGGAGGAAGUCAGGAACAAGCGAAGGGGAAAGGUUGGGGGGACUUGGUUGGAGGGGUUUAUCGGCGAGCUAGAGGAGGGGAAGGCGCCAGGGGCAGAUAAGUAACCGUGGGAUUUAAGUUUGGGUCAGCAUGGGUGUCAGGCAUUCAUAAUAUUAUUAUUGGUCUCUUCUGUC